GGUGGAGCAUGCACGGAUGCAUGCCAAGCACCGUGGUCACGAGGCUAUGCAUGCCGAAAUGGUCCUCAUCCUUAUCGCCACGCUAGUGGUGGCACAGCUCCUGUUGGUUCAGUGGAAACAGAGGCACCCUCGCUCCUACAACAUGGUGACCCUCUUCCAGAUGUGGGUAGUGCCUCUGUACUUCACGAUCAAGUUGUACUGGUGGCGGUUCCUGGUAAUCUGGGUGCUCUUCUCGGCAGUCACAGCUUUUGUCACCUUCAGGGCAACUCGAAAACCUCUGGUACAGACAACGCCCAGGUUAGUAUACGUGUUCCUGGGAAAACUCCUCAGCCCCAGG